CGAAUUGUUCAUAUUUUCAAUGCACGUUGUGAAUGUCAAUCAACAGUUAGAGAAAAUAUUUUUUUGUUGAAUAAUUUUUUAAGUAUUUAUUGUGAUAAUAAUGGGGAAAAAAAAAAAUCGAUCAAAUAUAAAUGGUAAUAAUAAUUAUGUUCAACAUUCAUCUCAUACUGUAAGCAGCAGUUCAAACUCAGAAAUCAAGUGCCGGCAUAUCUCAAAAUCUAUUAAUCUAUCCACCGUCCGUAGAAUAUUGAAAAAAAAUGGAAUUAUUGAUAAGUGUUUACUAUGUCAUAACUUACGCAUAGAUUCUACUCAAAUAAAUAAUAAUAACAAUAUUAAUGAUAGCAAUAACAACAAUAAUAAUAACAAUGGCAGUAAUAAUAGUGUUAAUAAUAAGCCAUCUCUGUUGGUUUGCCUGCAGUGUGGUAAUCAAUCAUGUGGUGAAUUGGUUAAAAACCAUGCUGAAGAACAUUAUCGUAUACCGCACAGUGAUUGGCAUUAUUUAACAGUUGAUAUUUUAAAUUGGAAAAUUUUCUGCUAUGAAUGUAAAAUUUUUAUUGAUAUUAAUAGUAAUACACAAUUACAUGAAAUAGUAGAAUUUCUAAAAGGACUGACACCGAAAUUGUUUUCACAUAGUAAUGCUAUGCCUAAAUUAAACGAAAAAAAACCAAAAGAAUAUAGUUCAACUGCUCAUACUGAGAAUAAGAAAGAAGAGUCUUCUCAAUAUUUCCCUGUUAAAGGGUUGAGUAAUUUAGGAAAUACAUGUUUUUUCAAUUCUGUAUUGCAAUGCUUAGCUCAAACACCAUAUCUAGUUGAAGUCUUAAAUGAUUUAAUUAAUCCAAAAAAUAAGUUCUCUCUUCCAGGAGGUGAAGUAAAAGUAGCUUUUAACGGUGAUGAAAAUGAUGUAAGAACUCAUAUCUUACCACCAAUUGAAAAAACUUUAGACAGUUCCGGUAAUUUUACUUCUGAAUUUCAUAAAACGUUACUUAAUAUACGAAACCCUAAUAGUAAUGAGAUAUAUAGACCAUCUCUUUUACUUAAUAUACUCAGGAAGAAAAUAUCGCAUUGUACAGAUGGUGGUCAACACGAUUCACAUGAAUUAUUGCGACUUUUACUUGAAUUAAUUAGAAAUGAAGAUUUUCAUAGGUAUCAAUCGAUUAUUUUGAAGGAAAUUGGUCGUGAGAAUAAUGAAACAAAACAAAAAAAUGAUGUAGAAAAUAAAGCUUUUACAAAAUUUUAUGAAAAUCAAGCAAACUCGCGAUUAUUGGGCGUGGAAUCUUUAUUUCGAGGUGUUUUAGAAUCUACCGUCAAAUGUACAGAGUGUAAUAAUUCUUCUCAACGUAGUGAAUAUUUUAUGGAUCUCAGUCUUCCUGUCAUUGUUGAAAAAGCUCAAACUUUUAAUGCUAAACAACAUAAAAUUGAAAGACUCGAUGCAGCAUGUAACAAAUAUUUUCCUAGUGAUAGAAAAAGUAAACAUCAAUUGAAAAAAGAAAAACGAAAUGCGAAAUUAAUUCGAAGAUCGAAUAAAAAAUUUCAUAAUAAUAAAAUACGUAACGAUGAUGAAGAUGGAAACGAAGUUCCUGAUUUAAAAGUUGAUGUAGAAAAUCAAGUAGAUGAGACUAAAACUGAAAAACUAAUCGAUGCUGAAAAUCCCGUCGAUGAAAUUAAAACUGAAGAACUAAUCGAUGCUGAAAAUCAUGUAGAUGAGAUUAAAACUGAAAAGUUAAUCGAUGUUAAAAAUAAAAUAGAUGUAAAUAAAGAUAUUUUUGAAAAACAAAUAAAUCGUAAUAGCAAUAAUAGUUUAAAAUUAGAAAAAAUAAAUAUGUCUAACGAAACUCAUUCUGAAGCUGUAAAUCAGGACGACCAUUUAAAUCUAGAAACUCAAAAUAUACCUCAUGAACGGGUCCCUUGCAUUAAUGUUUCAAAUAACUCGGGUGAUUUGACAACAAAGUUAUCUAAUAUGUCUAUUAGUCAAGAUAAGUUAACAUCUCCAGCAUUUACGCAUUAUCAACCACAAAGCAACAACAUUUCAAUAGAGUCUUGCUUGAAUCAAUUCAUUGCGGUCGAAUUGUUAGAUGACAAUAACAAAGUUCAAUGUAAAGUAUGCACUGAUAGAAUGAAUAAAACAAGGAGUGAUAAAGUCCCUGGCUCAAAAAGUGUUUAUACUCCUAGUGUGAAACAAUAUUUAAUUUCUCAAUCACCUGCAAUUCUCAUACUUCAUUUAAAAAGGUUUCAAUCACAAAAAUUCAAUGGAUAUCAUAAAACUGAUAAACAUGUUUCUUUUCCAAUGCAAUUAGAUUUGGCUCCAUUUUGUAAAAACAAGGAAAAACGGAAAUUAUAUUCUCUUUAUGGACUAAUCGAACAUUCUGGAACGAUUCAUGGUGGACAUUAUGUAGCUUAUGUGAAGACUCGCAAGAAACUAGAUCCAAACGAUUCAAGAUGGUCAUUUUUGUUGAAAAACGACGUUACCAGAACUGAAAAUAAAGAAAAUGGCAAUGAUACCAAUGAAAUCGAUAUUGAUAAAGAGGAAAACGACCACAUUUUACCUGGCCAAUGGUUUUACGCAUCUGAUUCAAGGUAUUAAAAUAUUUAUUUACAGUACAUUGAUAAAAAUAA